CACUCCAUAAAAACUCCUGCUCUCUAAUUUCUUCCCAGAAAUAAGCUUUCUUUUCCCCCUCUCAACUUCCUCAAGAGUCUUCCCGUGAGCUCGAUUCCAUGGCCGACGACAGCAGCUCCGCCGCCUCCACCGCAGCCGUCUCUGAGAAGAAACCAGAAGGGAAGAAGUCGUGGGCAGACGAAGCAGAGGAAGAAUCCGCCGCCUCCGUGUCCUCCUCCGCCGCCUCCGCCGACUCUUCGGAUGCCAAGAACGGCAAAGGGGAGAAAACUGAGGAGGAGUUGAAGAAGAUCGAGUCCCUCUCGAUCUCUGACAGUCCCGAUGGACCUCAGUUGGACGAUCCUGAUGAUUCCGAUAUCAAGGCGGUUACAUCAGGUGACACUGUUUACACAUCUGCUGUGAGGUUUGAAGAUUUAAAUCUGUCGAGCGAGUUGAUCAAAGGACUAUACAUUGAAAUGGGUUUCAGUAAGCCUAGCAAGAUACAGGCUGUGACACUACCCAUGAUUCUUACUCCACCCUAUAAAGAUCUUGUGGCUCAGGCACACAAUGGUUCAGGAAAAACCACGUGUUUCGUUCUUGGUAUGCUGAGCCGAGUUGAUCCUAAUAAAGGGGUGCCUCAAGCAUUCUGCAUAUGUCCUACAAGAGAGCUAGCACAACAGAACCAGGCGGUCCUUAUGAAGAUGGGAAAGUACACCGGCAUAACUUCAUUUCUUGCUAUUUCAACGGAUGCUUCUAGUUAUGUUCCGGUCGCAAAAUGUCCCCCAGUUACUGAUCAAGUCGUGAUUGGCACCCCGGGUACAAUCAAGAAGUGGACGUCCGCAAAAAAGUUAGGCACUCGGGAUGUGAAGAUACUUGUUUUUGAUGAGGCUGAUCACAUGUUGGCUGAGGAUGGUUUCAGAGAUGACUCCUUGAGGAUCAUAAGAGAGAUACGAAGAAAUGGCAACUGCCAGGUGCUCCUAUUCUCAGCCACCUUUGAUGAAACUGUGAAGGAAUUUGUAUCAAGGGUAGCACCGGAUGGAAAUCAGAUUUUCGUGAAGAAAGAAGACCUUACUCUAGAUAAAGUUAAGCAAUAUAAGGUCCAUUGUCCAGAUGAACUUGCCAAAAUGGGAGUAAUAAAGGAUAAAAUCUUUGAAUACGGACAAAAGGUGGGUCAAACAAUUAUAUUUGUUCGCACAAGGGAAAGUGCUAGGAUGUUACAUCAGGAGUUGGCUAAGGAGGGUUACAAGUGUACAUCUAUACAAGGUGCCGCGAAACAAGAUGAGCGGGACAAAAUUAUAAAGGAAUUUAAAGAUGGAUUAACCACAGUCCUCAUUACAACUGAUCUCCUUGCUCGAGGUUUUGAUCAAUCGCAGGUCAACUUGGUCGUUAACUUUGAUCUUCCUGUUAAGUACCUCUCUCCUCAAGAUCCUGAUUGUGAGGUGUACUUGCAUAGAAUUGGUAGGGCAGGACGUUUUGGACGAAAAGGUGCUGCGUUCAACCUGCUGUGCACAGAGAGGGACAAGAUUGUCAUGGAAAAAAUUGAGCGCCAUUUCAAUAGUGUUGUUCGUGAGGUGCCUAAUUGGCGAAGUGACGAGGACUUUGAGGCUGCCCUUAAAGAUGCAGGCCUUCUUUAGAUCAGAGAAACUCGACUAUAUAUAUUUAUAUGAGAGGCAUCAGAUCAUAGUAAUGUGCAUAAUAGUUGCUUCUGGCAAGCUAUUUACCAUUCUUUCUUUGGGUCUUGGUGUGAAAUUUCUACUUCUUGGGCAAGAGUGUUUUUCUACAUUCCGAACUUUAUAUCCUUGGUCAAAUGAUAAUUAGUUUUGGAAUUACUGUUCUUUAUGGUUGUCAGAGUCUCAAUGUGUUUAUUUGCCGCUGUUAACCUGUGAAAUGUCUGCAAUGUAAUUUGUAUUUAGAACUGAAGGACUGUUGUUUUUCCUUUUCACUGUUAUUCUCAAAGAUGUAUUAUUUUGUAUGAAGUUAUUUUUGUCUAGUUAAAGUAGGAGACACGGAGCUCUGCGCCAUGCGUUGAGCAGUAAGCAUUGAGCAAUCUGCGGAUGCAGAUUUGUUUUCUUGGAUC